CUGGCCUCUCUCGAGCCCCCCCCCCAAAGGCCGAGACCUCGGCCGAGAGAACCCAAAAAAUCGCAGCGCGCGAAAACGCAGGUGAAGCCCGCCCACUCGCCACCGCCGCCAGCGGCACACGACAACCACCACCGGCGGCGGCUGCUCCGGCGGAAGAGUGACUAGGAGAUGGCCCCGCUAGCGCCGAUGUCGCAGCCAUGGGUGGAGAAAUACCGGCCGAGGCAGGUGAAGGACGUCGCGCACCAGGAGGAGGUGAUUCGGGUGCUCACCAACACCCUCCAGACCGCCGAUCUGCCGCACAUGCUGUUCUACGGCCCGCCGGGCACGGGGAAGACCACCACCGCGCUCGCCAUCGCCUUCCAGCUCUACGGUCCAGAGCUGUACAAGUCGAGAGUUUUGGAGCUCAAUGCUAGUGAUGAUCGCGGAAUUAAUGUGGUGAGGACGAAAAUCAAGGACUUUGCUGCUGUUGCUGUUGGUACUACACGGAAAGCUGGUUACCCCUGCCCACCUUACAAGAUUAUUAUACUUGAUGAAGCCGAUUCAAUGACAGAAGAUGCCCAGAAUGCUUUGAGGCGUACUAUGGAGACUUACUCCAAAGUGACCAGAUUCUUUUUUAUAUGCAACUAUAUCAGCAGGAUAAUAGAACCACUUGCAUCGAGAUGUGCAAAGUUUAGGUUUAAGCCUCUUUCAGAAGAAGUGAUGAGCAGCCGCAUUAUGCAUAUAUGCAAUGAAGAAGGUCUCAAUCUUGAUUCUCAGGCUUUAUCGACACUGAGUGCCAUUUCUCAAGGUGAUCUUCGUCGUGCUAUAACCUAUCUUCAGAGUGCAGCCCGCUUAUUUGGAUCUUCUAUUUCCUCCUCUGACUUGAUCAGUGUUUCUGGGGUCAUCCCGGAAGAUGUUGUCAAGUCACUACUUGCAGCCUGCAGGUCUGGUGAAUUUGAUGUGGCAAACAAAGAAGUUAGCAAUAUUAUCGCCGAGGGAUAUCCAGUUUCACAGCUGAUGGCACAGUUUCUAGAUGUGAUUGUUAGCGCAGAUGAUAUUCCAGAUGAGCAAAAAGCAAGGAUAUGUAAAAAGCUUGGGGAAACUGAUAAGUGCUUGGUCGAUGGUGCAGAUGAGUAUCUUCAACUUUUGGAUGUUGCCAGCGAGACUAUUCGUGCUCUUUUCAACAUGCCACAAACGUUGGUGUUCUGAGAGAAGUUUGCGAAGAGGAAUGCUUUUGGUAGUGACCAAUUAUGAACAUUUGCAAGCCCUGUAAGGUGUCUUUCUUCGUGCUUCUGAGAUGCUGCACAAGGCUAAUCUGCAUCGCUAUGCUGUCACUGCGUUUCCGGUAGACUUGUGAUGGGUUAAAAUGUGAUGAACUCGCCCUAAAAUUCUGACUGAACUGCACCUGUGGAUGUCCAGUAUGGCACGGAACAUUUCUCAACUUCAUGUGCAUUAUAUUUCCUUUCUUGAUC